AUGAGGUCAUCCAUGCUGGUCCUGUUCCUCUUCUUCAGUGCCCAGGCUGUGGCCACCACAAGAGGGGACUCGAACAGCACCGCAACACCACAGCAGAGCAACGCCAUCCCCACUGUGGACCCCAAACUUUUCAACAAACGCCACUACCUCUCACCCAGGGUGCUUUUCAGCUCCCAGCCCCCAGAUGCCGAGCCAUCGGGGGCUCAGGGUGGCAGCAGAAGGACCCGUAGGAGAGCAGGGCACUCUCAGCAUCGUGGGGUGUACUCUGUGUGUGAAAGUAUUAGUGUGUGGGUGGGAAACAAGACCAAAGCCACAGACAUCUCAGGCAAUGAGGUGACGGUGCUGCCAGAUGUGAACAUCAACAACGUCAAAAAGAAGCAGUAUUUCUUCGAGACGACGUGUCACAGUUCUCGAUCUGGAAACUCGGGCUGUUUAGGAAUCGAUGCGAGACACUGGAACUCCUAUUGCACCAACACACACACUUUUGUACGAGCGCUGACUUCGUUUAAGAACCUGGUGGCAUGGAGGCUCAUACGCAUCAACGUGGCGUGCGUGUGUGUGCUCAGCCGCAAAUCGUGGCAAUGAAAACG